AUGUCAGCUCAAGAAGUUCCUACUUUCAAAUUAGUCCUCGUUGGAGACGGUGGUACUGGUAAAACCACUUUUGUCAAGAGACACUUGACAGGUGAGUUUGAAAAAAAAUAUAUCGCCACCUUGGGUGUUGAAGUCCAUCCCUUGGGAUUCCACACCAACUUUGGUGAGUUGAAAUUCGAUGUCUGGGACACUGCAGGUCAAGAAAAGUUUGGUGGUUUGAGAGAUGGUUACUACAUCAAUGGUCAAUGUGGUAUCAUCAUGUUCGAUGUCACCUCAAGAAUCACAUACAAAAACGUUCCAAACUGGCACAGAGACUUGGUGAGAGUUUGUGAAAACAUCCCAAUCGUCUUGUGUGGUAACAAAGUCGAUGUCAAGGAACGUAAAGUCAAGGCCAAGACCAUCACUUUCCACAGAAAGAAGAACUUGCAAUACUAUGACAUCUCCGCCAAGUCAAACUACAACUUUGAAAAGCCAUUCCUUUGGUUGGCUAGAAAAUUGGUUGGUAACCCACAAUUGGAAUUCGUCGCUUCCCCAGCUUUGGCUCCACCAGAAGUCCAAGUUGACUCAGACUUGAUGCAAAAAUACCAACAAGAAAUGGAACAAGCCACCGCUUUGCCAUUGCCAGAUGAAGAUGACGCAGACUUGUAA